AGAGCCGGCGCAGCUCGGCUGCGGUGACACCGGCUUACAUAGGGCGGAGUACGGCGUGUCCUUGGACUCAGACGCCGGAGGGUGCGGGAGUUACCGGGGUUGCGGUCACCGCCGUGGGCACAGCGACAGCGGAGCAGCCCGGCAGCCGGAAAGUAGUGAAAAAUGGGAGAUAUUGAGAAGGGCAAGAAGAUCUUUGUCCAGAAAUGUUCCCAGUGCCAUACAGUUGAAAAGGGAGGCAAGCACAAGACUGGGCCCAACCUGAACGGGAUAUUUGGACGCAAGACUGGGCAAGCUGAGGGCUUCUCUUACACGGAUGCUAAUAAGAAUAAAGGUAUCACCUGGGGUGAGGAUACUCUGAUGGAGUAUUUGGAAAAUCCAAAGAAGUAUAUCCCAGGAACAAAGAUGAUUUUUGCGGGUAUUAAGAAGAAGAGUGAGAGAGUAGACUUAAUAGCAUAUCUCAAAAGUGCCACUGCGAAGUAAAAGUUACCUGCUGCCUUAUUUAUUUCACCAGUGAGAUGGCAAUGGAAAUAUCUGUGAUGAGAUCAGUUUUUAAACUUUCUAUUUUUACAUGUACUGUGUCUAACCUUAAAAUCUGUCUCACCCAUCAGAUAACAUUGCUCAUGGUGGGUCACUAAGAGUACAAACAUGCUUGUUUGGCAGCACUAACUUAAUGCAAACUCUGUAAUUGGGUUGAUUUCAAUGACUAUUAUGUUCAGUCAUUCUUGGUCAUAGAAUUAAAAAGAAAUAAAAAUAAACAUAGCCUGCCUCUUCAUUGUUUAAAAAUAAUCCAUAAAUAAUCAAAUUAGUAAUUGUCAACAUCAUAAGAGCUUUGACAGCUUAACUCUUCCAGAUUAAAAAGCAAGGUGGUUUCUAGCAUCUUCCACCACACAUCUUCUGUUAUUUUAAAUGUUAAAAAAAACCAACAAAGGCUACAAAAAUUGCUAAGAUAAUAUUUUUCUAAAUUUAAUCAGUACUAGGUGUUGUGAUACAUAUUAAUCUGUCUAAAGCUUGCUAUAAGAAUGCAUUUCAUCUGACUUAAGUACUGUUUGUGAAAUGGCAGUUGUGUUCAGUCACUUUUAUUUUGGGGAAGCAUGUUACCUAAUUUAUCUAAACUUUUGACAGCUGCAUACACCAGUAGAAUAAAACUCCCCUUCAGAAACAUCUCAAUUUUAAAAAAUGUUAUGGAAACUCCUUUGCUCAGUAAAUGUUCUGAAAACAGCCAUUCUCGGUGCAAUUAAUAAAAAGAGAGAAAUACCCUGUUCUGGAAAUCCAGGCUGAGAGUUAUUAAAUAUUCUUAGUUCAGCAGAAGCGUUCACCUAAAAUCUGCUGUCACAGGCAAUUUCAGAUGAAGGGGUACAGGAAUUCAUGUACUGGUUAACUAAAAGGAAACAGUCUUCCUCUGUGCCUGGCUGUAAUCAAUGUCAUUACUCCUAAAGGUUUUGUUUCACAUGGUGUAAAGCAGUAUUUUUAAUGUUUUAACUGCAUUUUUUUCAUACUGAAUUAUUCAGAUGAAUGUAUUUACUGUGUAUCAACAGUAAGUCAUAACUCAGAGCAAUCAAUAUUGUAAAUUAAAAAAUUGAAAAUC